AAAUUAUAUCUAAAUAGAUCGCUAUAUGGCGUGAAACUUCUGGAAGACAUAAGAUAUGAAGCGGUUGAAGACACUAUAAAAAUUUUUACGCGAGUGUCAUCUACAGAGUUCGAAUUAAUAAAAUCAUUAAUAGAACCAAGUGUUAGGAAAAUGAACACACUAUUUCGAGAUUCAAUAUCAGUUACUGAAAGAUUAGCAAUAACUUUAAGAUUUCUGGCAACUGGAGACUCCUAUACUAGCCUGCAAUACCUUUUUCGAGUAUCUAAACAGUCAAUUUCAAGAAUUGUUCCUGAAGUUUGCGAUGCGCUUUGCGAUGCACUAAAAGACUGGGUAAAGGUACCGGACUCAGAAGAAGAAUGGUUGCAGAUAGCACACGAUUUCGAAAACAAAUGGGACUUUCCUCAUGCAGUAGGUGCAUUGGAUGGCAAACAUGUAGUGUUGCAAGCACCUAUAAACAGUGGUUAUCUCGAGCACGUAGGUGUGUGGAAAAUGCAUUCGGGAUUCUGAGCUCAGUUUUUAGAGUUCUACGCAAACCUAUGUUACUACAACCAAAGAUUGUUACUAAAAUUGUUUUAGCAACAAUACAUUUGCAUAAUUAUUUGAGAAAAAGAACUCUGACAAGAUCACAGUACACGCCGCAAGGAUGUAUAGAUAGUGAAGGAAAUGAGGGGCAAAUUAUACCUGGAACUUGGAGAAAUGAAACUACCCCUACAUCACUACUGCCUCUUAAUUAUAUCCCAAGAAGAGCGGGAAAUUUUGCACAACAAAUACGUUCACACCUAGCCCAUCACUUUGUUACCAAUGGUGCAAUAUCUUGGCAAAAUAGAUAUUAAAACUUGUACUCACAUUUUCAGACAUUGUGUCCAAUGUUUCAUUGGGUAGAUCUUUAUCCCUCAUGAAAUUAAAGUCAUCGAAAGCAAACCACUUCGAAACGUAAACUUCA